AUGAAACCUUAUUACAACUCAGUGGAGGCAGCCAUAGCUCGGCCUAAGUUGUCGGAUUAUUCACGCUCCAUUUCCAAACUAAAGCCGAAGAUACGCAUAACUCACAUAGUGGAGCCAGAAGUCAUAACGACGACUGCUGAGGAUUUCCAGCAGCUUGUCCAGAGGCUAACAGGCAAGCCAGUGGAAAGGAAACAGAGCAGAAAGAAGGGAAACAGCAUAAAAACAGAAGGUGUGUUACAAGAGAGAAUGAAGAUUGAGGUUGAAGAGAUACACGAUCACACCGUGUACUCCAAUUUUCUAGAAGAUGUUGAUGGAUUCUUUCAUGAUAUGAAUGAAUCCCCUCUCUUUUCUUUCAGGCCUUCUCAGAUCAAUAUAUUUGGGGAAAUGCAUCUCUGCUAG